GCUCACAAAGCAAAAACACCACAGGCCACCAAAGUCAAAUAUAACCCUGUAUGGGGGUGGGGGAUGGAGUCCUGGGUGCCACACAUGGUUUGCCCGCGGUUCACACCUACCCAGCCUGGAAGAAAGGCCUGGCGAUCGGCUUCUGUAAAGAUUACAGCCAAGAAAAUCCUGUGCAACCCAGUUCUACUGUCACACACCGGGUUGCUAUGAGCCAGCGUCAGCUCAAAGGCAGCAGUUUUGGGGGGCUGGGGGAGGAGCCAAGCCCUUGCCUGAAAGCUGGGGUUCAAGGCCAUCCUUGGGUCCUAGGCCUGGAACAGGGGCCCUCCAGAGGGCUUGAUGCUCUUCCCUGAUAUCCCCCUUCCCAGCUAGGGACACACUGGGGCCUGGGGUUGCCUGCCCUAAGAGCUGGGCUUGGUUCCCAGCCUGCGCUGAACUCCAAGGUCCCCCUCCCCAAUGCGUGUCCAUGUGUGAGGGUGGGGAGGGGCUCCAGUGCCCCUCCCCCAGGUAACCUGUCUGUCUGCCCCCUCUCACAGGCCCGUGGCCCCGACAUGGCCCGUCGCUCCCAGAGCUCCUCACAGGGGGACAACCCGUUGGCACCCGGGUACCUGCCUCCUCACUACAAAGAGUACUACCGCCUGGCAGUGGACGCACUGGCUGAGGGCGGGCCAGAGGCCUACAACCGCUUCCUGGCAUCUGAGGGGGCCCCAGCCUUCUUGUGCCCCGAGGAGUUGGAUCACGUGAGCCGCCACCUGCGACCCCCGCAGCAUGCUGCCGGCGAGUCCCCCGAGGGCAGCCCGCCCGAUAUGGAUAUGGACGGCUCCUCGGGCACCUACUGGCCCGUGAACUCAGACCAGGCCGUGCCUGAGCUCGACUUGGGCUGGCCCCUGACCUUUGGCUUCCAGGGCACAGAGGUCACCACGCUGGUACAGCCACCGCCACCUGAGAGCCCCAGCAUCAAGGACGAAGCACGCAGGAUGAUCCGCUCCGCCCAGCAGGUAGUGGCCGUGGUGAUGGACAUGUUCACCGACGUGGACCUGCUGAGCGAGAUGCUGGAGGCAGCGGCACGCCGAGUCCCCGUCUACAUCCUGCUGGACGAGAUGAACGCACAGCACUUCCUUGACAUGGCAGACAAGUGCCGUGUCAACCUGCACCACGUGGAUUUCCUGCGUGUGCGCACCGUGGCAGGCCCCACCUACUACUGCCGCACGGGCAAGUCCUUCAAGGGCCAUGUGAAGGAGAAGUUCCUGCUGGUGGACUGCGCGGUGGUGAUGAGCGGGAACUACAGCUUCAUGUGGUCCUUCGAGAAGAUCCACCGCAGCCUGGCGCACGUGUUCCAGGGCGAACUGGUGUCCAGCUUCGAUGAGGAGUUCCGCAUACUAUUCGCACAAUCGGAGCCCCUGGUGCCCUCUGCCGGGGCGCUGGCCCGCAUGGACGCCUAUGCCUUGGCUCCAUAUGCGGGCGCUGGGCCCCUCGUGGGCUGCCCGGGGCCCGGGGCGCCGACCCCUUUCUCUUUCCCCAAGCGGGCUCACCUGCUGUUCCCGCCGCCGCGGGAAGAGGGCCUGGGCUUCCCCUCUUUCCUCGACCCCGAUCGACACUUUCUGUCGGCCUUCCGCCGGGAGGAGCCGCUGAGGGGGCCCGGAGCCGUCCUGGAACCACACGCGGGGCUGCGGCCACUGUCGCGGCGGCUGGACGCUGAGGCCGGGCCCGGCGGGGAGCUGGCGGGGCCGCGCGGCUUGUUCCAGGCGCGGCAUCUGGAAAUGGACGCCUUCAAGCGGCACAGCUACGCUGCUGCAGCCGAUGGCUUGGGCGCUGUGGAGAACUUCGCGGCCGCGCGGCAGGUGUCACGGCAGACGUUCCUCACCCACGGCGACGACUUCCGCUUCCAGACUAGCCACUUUCAGCGCGACCAGCUCUACCAGCAGCACUAUCAGUGGGACCCGCAGCUUGCGCCGGCACGCCCACAGGGCCUGUUCGAGAAGCUGCGCGCCGGCCGCCCUGGCUUCGGGGGUCACGAGGACAUCGCACUGGGCGGCGGGCCGCGCUUCCCCGACCUGGGGCCCGACGGCCACCUGCGCCUGGACUACGUGCCGUCCAGCGCAUCGCGCGAGGUACGCCACGGCUCUGACCCCCCCUUCGGGCCAGGCCCCCGCGCCAUGGAGCCCAGCGGGCUCCUGCGCCCCAACCUGGGUCAACGCUUCCCAUGCCAGGCGGCGGCCAGGCUCGGCCCAGAGGCCGCGCCGGAGGCAGAGCCGGAGCGCAGAGGCGGGCCCGAGGGGCGCGCCGGCCUGCGGCACUGGCGCCUGGCCUCCUACCUAAGCGGCAGCCACGGGGAGGACGCGGGCGACGAGGGCCUGCCGGCACCCAUGGAGGCCGAGGCCUAUGAAGAUGACGUGCUAGGCCCCGGGGGUCGGGCAGUCGCUGGGGACCUGCUCCCUUCAGCCUUCCGCAGCCCCGCAGCCUUCCCAGCCAAAGGCCCAGGGCUGGACUCUGGGGGCGGUGACAGCUCAGAGCGGGAGGGCCUGGAGGAAUCGGGCCUGGCCAAGCAGGACUGCUUCCGCUCACGCCCGAACCCAAUGAUGCAGCGCAGCUCGCGGCUGCGCUCCUCCCUUAUCUUCAGUACGUCGCAGGCGGAGGGCGUGGGCGGGGUCGCCACCACCACCACUGAGAAGGUGCAGCUGAUGCACAAGGAGCAGACGGUCAACGAGACGGUGGGCCCAGGUGGUGAGGCCGUGCGUUCCACUGCCUCAGCCAAGGUGGCCGAGCUCCUAGAGAAGUACAGGGGCCCGGCCCGUGAUGCAGGUGGUGCGGUUAAUGUUGCCAGCCACAGUAAGGCGGUCAUGUCCCAGGCGUGGAAGGAGGAGGUGGCAGCUCCCAGCGGCGCGGCAGCUGAGCGCCGCAGCCUCGAGAGCUGCCUGCUCGACCUGCGCGAUUCCUUCGCGCAGCGGCUGCACCAGGAGGCGGAGCGGCAGCCGGGAGCCGCCACGCUCACGGCCUCGCAGCUGCUAGACACUCUAGGCGGCGGUGGCGCCGACAGGCUGCCCUCCCGCUUCCUCGCACCCCAGGGUCGGGGGACCUCCCCGCAAAGGCGGAACAGCCCCCCCUUGGAGGGGCCCGGAAUACACCAGGUACAACAUUCGGAGCUGAAGGGAAGCCCCACUUCGGCCCAUCCCGAGUGCAAGGGGAACCCCACACCUGGGCUUCCCACUCGGAGGGGCAGCCCAACACUAGAAUUUACUGAGCAGAAGGGGAGCCCCGCCUCGACCUACCCAGAGCAUAGAGGCAGCCCAGUUGCCCCGGUUCCCGAGCGCAGGGGAAGCCCAGUGCCCCCUGUACCCGAGCGCAGGAGCAGCCCGGUGCCCCCCGUGCCUGAGCGCAGGGGCAGCCUCACCCUUGCCCUGGCCGGGGAGGCCCCAAAGGCCGGGCCCGCAGAUGAGCCGACGGGCGGACCCAUGGAGGUCCUGCGCAAGGGCUCCCUGCGCCUCAGGCAGCUGCUAAGCCCCAAGGGCGAGCGGCGGCCAGAAGAGGAGGGCAGCUUUGUGCCACAGGAGAAUGGGCAGCCCGAGAGCCCCCGGCGGCCGUCGCUGGGCCGGGGCGACAGCACCGAAGCCGCCGCGGAAGAGCGGGGUCCGCGGGCGCGAGUGGCCUCAGCCACGGCCAAUGCCUUGUAUAGCAGCAACCUGCGGGACGACACCAAGGCCAUUCUGGAGCAGAUCAGCGCCCACGGCCAGAAGCAUCGUGGGGCCCCCGCGCCAGGGCCCAUCCCGGCCCACAACAGCCCCGAUCUCGGCCGCCCACCAGCUUCCAGCGGCCUGGCCCCUGACAUGUCUGACAAGGACAAAUGUUCGGCCAUCUUCCGCUCGGACAGCUUCGGGGCCCAGGGCCGGCUGAGCCGCACGCUGCCGGCCACCGCGGAGGAGCGCGACCGGCUGCUGCGGCGCAUGGAAAGCAUGCGCAAGGAGAAGCGCGUGUACAGCCGUUUCGAGGUCUUCUGCAAGAAGGAGGAUGCCGGCGGCGCUAGCGCUGGAGAGGGCCUGGCUGAGGAAGACGCCAGGGACAGCAAGGUGGGCAAGUUCAUGCCCAAGAUCCUGGGCACAUUCAAGGGCAAGAAGUGAGGCCCAGGGGCCCAGCCCAUGCCAGGCAAAUCACUGCCACCCACCACCCAGACUGCCGGCUGGGCUGGGCUGGGAGACGCAGGCCCCAGGCCCCAGGCCCCAGGCCCUCUGCCUGAAGCAGUCUUGGGCUGGCUAAGCACAGCCAGAGCUUGGUUCCACCGGGCUGACAGGGCUCCCUCCUGCCGGGGUCUCGCCCCUCAUUGCCCUGGCACUUUCUUCCCCACCUCCCUUCUCAGCACUUCCAUCCUGGCCUCAGUUGUCCCCCCACCCCCCACCCUCUGCACUGGCUCCUUUCCAUCUCCUUGGGCUUCAGGUCUGCUCUGGACCUUCUUUCUCCCCAGAGCCCCACCUUUUGGGACCUCAGUCCCCCAUCCUUACUCUCAGGGUCUCUUCUCUCAGGGCUUCUGUGUUCUCAAGGUUCCCCUUUCCCCAUUGCCUCUUCACUGUCUCCUGAUGCCUCUUUCUCCUUCUCUCUCUCUCCCUCUCCAUCCAGACCUGGCUUCCUUCCUUCCCUGCUUGGACUCUGCCUCCUGGGGCCUCCGGAAGGAAAGGCUGGCUACAGCAGCUUGUGAGGAAGGGGUGGGUCCAGACCCACAGGAUGCCCCUCUGGGCAGUGACUAGGAGGGGGUGCCACAGGGACCCCUGAGGGACUGUCCUGCGGAUCGGCCUUCUCCUCCAGCUAGGCUUCAGCCAAGGCCUGGAGAGGGGUGGGUGGGCUGGGCUUUGCAGCACAAUAAAACCCACUCUGGACAGACGACGUGGCCCAGCCUCCAGGUAUCCCUGCACCCAUUCACACACCAACAGACACACACUCAGAGGCCCCACUAGCCAAUUUUGCCCCUGAAAGGCUGGUGUGGGGCACUGUCCUCGCACAGGUGUGGGGCCAGAGGGGCCAUGGGGCAGGUAAGGGCUGAGGACAGGGUUUGUCUCAGUCCCUGCUCUGGCAGACCCACCGCCACCUUUGAUCUUGGUUCCCUUCCUCUCUCACCAAGAACUGUCCAGGUUCCUCCUAUGUUUUUAGUUGAAGUGACACAUUCCCAAGUAUUUAUGAUCACUCAGUCAUACGUUGCAACAUGCACGGCCCUUCAACCUGGAGGACUCUCCAUGUUUCCCAUCUGGACACCCCCAUCUCCACUCUCUACCCUCCGCCGGCAUCCUUCCGCCCCUUCAGGCCUCCCUCCCCUUCUCCUCUCCCUUCCUCGCCGCCCACUGGUGCCCA